GCUGUCAAAUUGUACAAGUAAAGUUAAAAAGUCUUUUAAUCAAUUUAAGAUUUAAAAUCCAUUAAUAAAUUCCAAAUUUGGAAAUAAUGCACGAACCAAUGGAAGAAAUCCAAGAGCAGAAGGACUACGAACUACCCUUUCCGCCCUCCGAUUCCGUUUCGGCUCUGGAAUUCAUGCCCUCAUCGAAGUCCUGGAACGGAAUCUGCGCCGGCAGUUGGGAUCAAUCCGUUCGCGUUUGGGAAGUGCAAUCGGACAAGGCCGUCGAUAAACUCAUGAAACCGCUGGAUGGCAUUCCUUUGGAUGCAGCCUGGCAUGGAUCGGGGGCUAAGGUAUUUCUGGCCGAAACUACCGGUGCUGUUCUCGACUGGGAUAUGGAAUCCAACAAGCUGACCAAAGUGGGUGCCCAUAAGAAAGGCGCUCGCACGUGCCAUUGGGCCGAGAACUUUCUAAUGACCACUUCCUGGGACAAGACCGUAAAGUUCUGGGAUCCACGUUGUCCUGUUGAAGUGGCCAAAAAGGAUCUUCCGGAGCGGAGUUUUGCUGCGGAUGUAUUUUAUCCAAUGGCAGUGGUGGCUUGUGCCGACCAGUCGAUCGUAGUCUAUGAACUGGAGAAGGGACCUAUUGAGAAGGCACGGAUAACGACCCAGGGACCAAAAAACGUCCAAGUGCGAUCAUUGGCAAUUUUCGAAGGCGCAGCUACGAACUACAAAAGUUUGUUCAUCGCCCAAACCAAUGGGAUUGUGCUUAAAAUGAGUCUGAAGAACUACUUAGUGCAAUACCCCAUGAAGUGCCAUCGUUCGACGACGAAUUUCAACACCGUUGAUAUUCAUGCGGUAAACGAUGUAAAGAUAAAUAAGGUGACUAAAUCGAUGGUUACGGUGGGUUCAGAUGGAACCUACAGUUUUUGGGACUGCGAACUGCCCAGCAAGUUAAAGAAGAGCCAUGUUUUUGAUCAGCCAAUAACCAAAUGCUCCAUCAGCGAUGAUGGUCAGAUAUUGGCCUAUGCGUUGGGUUACGAUUGGGCCCAGGGCUACGAGAACUUUGAUCCUAAGAAAAGUCCUCAAAUAUUCCUGCGUUCAAUUGGACAGGAGAUGGUUCCCAAAUACCAGUGCUUGAAAAACUUAAGUAAAUUAAAGUAAAGUAGUUAAGGUAUUAAAAAACUUUCAAAAGCAA